UACGCCACUAAUUUCACCGCUUAUAUAAGAUGCUCUCACAACCCUAGCGCCCACCUGCUCCCGCCGCCGCCAACUCGUUCUACGCGUCGUCUCGCCUCUGCCGUCGCCAUGGGGAGAAGACCGGCUAGAUGCUACCGCCAGAUCAAGAACAAGCCAUACCCGAAGUCAAGGUACUGUCGAGGUGUUCCUGACCCCAAGAUCAGGAUCUAUGAUGUUGGCAUGAAGAGGAAGGGAGUGGAUGAGUUCCCCUUCUGUGUCCACCUGGUUAGCUGGGAGAAGGAGAAUGUUUCCAGUGAGGCUCUUGAGGCUGCCCGCAUUGCUUGCAACAAGUACAUGACCAAGAGUGCUGGAAAGGAUGCCUUCCACCUGAGGGUCAGGGUCCAUCCGUUCCAUGUCCUUCGUAUCAACAAGAUGCUUUCAUGUGCCGGGGCUGAUAGGCUCCAGACUGGAAUGAGGGGUGCUUUUGGCAAGCCCCAGGGUACCUGUGCUCGUGUGGACAUUGGUCAGGUCCUCCUCUCUGUACGCUGCAAGGAAAGCAAUGCUAAUCACGCUGAAGAAGCCCUCCGCCGCGCCAAGUUCAAGUUCCCUGGCCGCCAAAAGAUCAUCCGCAGCAGGAAGUGGGGCUUCACCAAGUUCACCCGCGCCGAGUACCUCAGGUACAAGAGUGAGGGUAGAAUCGCCCCUGAUGGUGUCAAUGCUAAGCUGCUUGGCGUCCAUGGCCCCCUGUCUAAGCGUGCCCCUGGGAAGGCGUUCCUUGCGGACAACAUUCAAGCGUCUGCGUAGACUAAUAUUUCUCCUGCUGAAUGGAACUCCAGAGAUUUUUGCCUAGAUCUAAUUCUGCAUGCUAGAACCUGAGUAAUGUCUUGUUCGAAUGAUCUACUUGUGUAGCCUAGUUUAAUAUGGAGGUUAAAUAUCCAUAAUAUCUUGUUUGAACCCUUGGCUCAUAGUCGUCAUCAAAAGGGCUGCAUCUUUUUUGGGGCUGUGAAUUUAUAGCUUUUCUGAACCCCUAGUGCUCUGUUUUGCACUAUAUUUUUGUGUGAAUGAAUUCGUCUUCUGUACCUUUUUCGUCAUGUCCAGUCCCAGGAUUUUGCAUUCA